GGGUCCUGGGGGGGUCCCAGCCGCCGGGCUCCCCGCAGCCUGCUGAUCACGUCGCUGGGCCACGUGAAGCUGACGGACUUCGGGCUCUCCAAGAUGGGGCUGAUGAGCCUCACCACCAACCUCUACGAGGGCCACAUGGAGAAGGACGCCCGCGAGUUCCGGGACAAGCAGGUGUGCGGCACCCCCGAGUACAUCGCCCCCGAGGUGAUCCUGCGGCAGGGCUACGGGAAGCCCGUGGACUGGUGGGCCAUGGGCAUCGUGCUCUACGAGUUCCUGGUGGGCUGCGUGCCCUUCUUCGGGGACACCCCCGAGGAGCUCUUCGGGCAGGUCAUCUCGGGUACGGGGCCGCGGGGGGCCGGGGGGGACCGGGCACGCCAGGGGGGGGACGGGAACACCGGGGAU